AUGAAAUUUUACUGCAAUCGUUUGCAGCAUAAACCAGGCGAUGAGACUCAAAGUCAAGUCAAAACUCGUUCUGGUAAUCUAUGUCACCACUGUAGGUAAAUAAUUUUUAUAUUUUUGUUUUUGAUCCCAUAUAGGAUCAUUUCUAACAGUGUAUACAACUAAACCAUCUCAUGACACCCUUAAGCAAGGUCGAAACCGAUCCAAAGUAUCGCUUGAUUUAUCUAAUAAAUUCAAUUCUAUAUACCCCGUAUAUUCUUGAAUUUAGUGCUAUAUCUAAUAUUUCUUUCUUUCUUUUUAUCUCACAAGUUAGCAAAUUAGAAAAUAUUAGUCAUCAUUUACGAAAACUCCUUAGAAGUUUGUUGAAACUUUUAUUUUUUCCCUGAAACAUUUGCACAACUUCUAUCUUUCCGUAAUUUGAUCGCUUGCAGUAAAAUUAGCUACAUGUCAAACUUCCAACUUGAAUUCAAUAAUUCAAUGGUUCAACUUCAAGUAUUCAAUUAUUCAUCUAACAGAAACCAAUAACACAAUACAUGAUUACACAUUAACACGCACACGCACCACACCACAUGCUGUGGGUGCGGCGAAGAGACUGGUUGAGUAAACGACUUAGAUAUUAGCAAGAACUGAAUAAUUUAAACAGCUUUUGAAUUAUUCAAAUCAAGUUUCAACAUUGCCACUACUGGCUCACAAUCUCAAAAUCUUUUAGAAUAAAACAAUAUUAUUCCACAUUUUAUUAUUACGAACUAGUUCUAAACUACUUCAAAGUACUGGACAGUUUAGAAUUCUUAUGUAAUUAUAGAUUGUAAACUACCUGAUGAUAGACCCUUAAGCAAGGUCGAAACGCUUCGUGUGAUGCUUUGAACUUCAACUCUUAUAUUUAAAAAGAUCCUGCAACAUCCAUCGCCUUUCUUAAAUAUCACUGAUUCUCUAGUGAAGCGACGACCUGAUGUUGAUUAUUUAACAUUGGCAGAGUACGAAAAAACAAAAUAAGGUAUGCAUUCGAAGGCCAUAAAAUUCUACUUUAAACUAUUCUCAUGUAUUUUACAGAUCAUCACCUUCAAGUAUCUCAACUUGGAUCUGCAUUAUCCAACUGCAAAAGACGAUUUCAUUAGACUUUGUAUUCUUGUAUUGUGUUAUUGGUUUCUGUUAGAUGAAUAAUUGAAUACUUGAAGUUGAACC